UACUGCAGAGAUGCACUGUAUGACAUUUUUCCUAUACGGCACCCACUAAGGGACCUGGAAAUCCGGUGCCGAGCUCAGUAAAAAAUACGCGAAGCCAAGCAUUGACCUGACACUUCCUCUUUCAGAGAUGGUAAAAACAAACGAAUGCUUCCGUUCUUAAUUGCCGGCUAUUUAUUCCUUGAUUUGUUUUUGCUGGCUGCUGCGGUCACUUGUCCGUUCUUAAGAUUGCAGGCAUUUGCUGACACUCCCUAACAAUUUGCUCCGAGUCAUCAAUUAUGCAGGGCAGCGGAGCGCACGCGGAGCCAAGAUAGCAGCAGCGGCAGCGGCAGCAGCAGCAGCAGCAAUAUGGCGACAGCCGCAGUUGGGCAACACUCUUUUCUACAUCCGCUGUCCUCCGGACGCCGACUGGAUUCCUGCUAGAGGCGUUUUGGCAAAAGCUGGAUGUCUGCUAUGGAAAACAAAUAAAGAAGAUAUAGCUGCAGGAUGAAAACAUGGCCGCACCCCUUAUUGCACCCCCAGGACCUGACAGCUUCAAAAAGUUUACCCCAGAGUCGCUCGCUAACAUCGAGAAGCGGAUCAAUGAAGAGAAGAACAAGAAGCCAGCCAAGCCCCGGUCGGACAGCAGUCACCGCGACACAUCUGACGAGAAUGAGCCCAAACCCAACAGAGACCUGGAGGCUGGGAAGAGCCUGCCCCUCAUCUACGGCGAUAUUCCUUCCGGCAUGCUGGCCACACCGCUAGAGGACCUGGAUCCGUUCUACGUGAACCAGAAAACAUUCAUAGUGAUAAACAAGGGGAAAACAAUCUUCCGCUUCAGUGCCACGCCCUCCCUGUACAUCAUAAGCCCUUUUAAUAUUUUCAGGCGAAUAGCAAUUAAGAUUUUGAUACAUUCGUUAUUCAGCAUGAUCAUCAUGUGCACCAUUUUGACCAACUGUAUAUUCAUGACAUUUAGCGACCCCCCAGAGUGGUCCAAACAAGUAGAGUACACCUUCACGGGUAUCUAUACGUUUGAGUCACUCACAAAAAUAGUGGCCAGAGGCUUCGCUAUCGAUGGCUUCACUUUUCUGCGAGAUCCAUGGAACUGGCUGGAUUUCAUGGUCAUUUCAAUGGCGUAUAUAACAGAGUUUGUAAACCUAGGCAAUGUGUCAGCUCUGCGUACGUUCAGGGUUCUGAGGGCUUUGAAAACAAUUUCAGUUAUCCCAGGCCUGAAGACCAUCGUGGGGGCCCUGAUCCAGUCUGUGAAGAAGCUCUCAGACGUGAUGAUCCUGACCGUCUUUUGCCUCAGCGUCUUUGCCCUGAUCGGCUUGCAGCUCUUUAUGGGGAACCUGCGGCAAAAGUGUGUGUUUUGGCCCAUCAAUGUGACCGACCGGUACCUGCCCAACGGCUCUCGGGGCUUCGACUGGGACGAAUACAUCAUGAAUGAGACUAACUUCUAUUUUUACCCUGGUCAGGAUGAUGCGCUCUUGUGUGGAAAUAGUUCGGACUCUGGACGAUGCCCUGAGGGUUUUACAUGCAUGAAAGCUGGAAGGAAUCCCAACUAUGGUUACACCAGCUUUGAUAGCUUUGGAUGGGCCUUCCUCACCCUUUUUCGUCUCAUGACCCAAGACUUCUGGGAAAAUCUCUACAUGCUGACACUGCGAGCGGCAGGGAAGACCUACAUGAUCUUCUUUGUGCUGGUUAUCUUUGUGGGCUCCUUUUAUCUGGUCAACCUCAUCCUGGCUGUGGUGGCCAUGGCCUACGAGGAGCAGAACCAGGCCACCAUUGAAGAGGCUGAGCAAAAGGAGGCCGAAUUCAAAGCCAUGCUGGAGCAGCUGAAAAAGCAGCAGGAAGAGACACAGGCUGCAGCCAUGGUGACAUCAGCAGGUACGGUAUCAGAAGCUGCACUGGAGGACGAAGGAGGGGGCCAUCUGUCUCGUAGCUCCUCAGAAGUCUCCAAACUGAGCUCAAAGAGUGCCAAGGAGCGGCGCAAUCGCAAGAAAAAAUGGCGUCAAAAGGAGCAGGAGAAGGAGAAGGGGGACAGCGAGAAGGUGGUCAAAUCCGAGUCUGAUGAUGGCAGUAAGAGAAGCACACUUCGUUUCCCAGGAAGCCGUCUGGGCAGGAAGACAUCCAUCAUGAACCAGUCACUCCUGAGUAUCCCGGGCUCGCCUUUUAUGUCACGCCACAACAGCCGCAGCAGCAUCUUCAGCUUCAAAGGCCGCUCCAAGGACAUGGGCUCAGAAAACGAGUUUGCCGACGACGAGCACAGUACAGUGGAGGAGAGCGAGGACCGCCGGGGUUCCCUAUUCAUCCCUUACCGCCGCAACAGCUACAGUGGCUACAGUCAAGGCUCCUCACGCAUUCACCAGCUGGCUCCUCACUCCGGAGGGAAGAGGAACAGCACAGUGGACUGCAAUGGCGUGGUGUCUCUCAUCGGUCCGGGGCCUGGCAGACGGCUUCUGCCUGAGGUGAAAAUAGAUAAGGCAGCCACUGAUGACAGUACAACUGAUGUGGAGAUCAAGAAGAAGCACUCUGGCUCUCUCAUGGUAUCUGUGGAUCAGCUCAACUCGUCCUUCAAAGGAAAGGACCGUGCCAACAGUCAGAUGAGCGUAGUCACCAACACUCUGCUAGAAGAGUUGGAGGAAUCUCAGAGGAAGUGUCCCUCCUGUUGGUAUAAGUUCGCCAACACAUUCCUCAUCUGGGAAUGCUGUCCAAUGUGGCUGAAGAUCAAGCAUAUCGUCUACAUGAUCGUCAUGGACCCUUUUGUUGACUUGGCCAUCACCAUCUGCAUCGUCCUCAACACACUUUUCAUGGCUAUGGAGCACUAUCCAAUGACAGAGCACUUUGAGGAAGUCCUCUCUGUCGGCAACCUGGUUUUCACAGCCAUUUUUGCUGGAGAGAUGUUUGCCAAGCUGAUAGCCAUGGAUCCCUACUACUACUUCCAGGAAGGAUGGAAUUGUUUUGACGGUUUCAUCGUGACUCUGAGUUUAGUGGAGCUUGGGUUGGCAGAUGUGGAGGGUUUAUCAGUGCUCAGGUCUUUCCGAUUGCUGAGAGUGUUCAAACUGGCCAAAUCAUGGCCCACACUCAACAUGUUGAUCAAGAUCAUUGGUAACUCGGUGGGGGCUCUGGGGAAUCUGACCCUGGUGCUGGCCAUCAUCGUCUUCAUCUUCGCCGUGGUGGGCAUGCAACUGUUUGGCAAAAGCUACAAGGACUGUGUGUGCAAGAUUGCUGAUGACUGUAAGCUGCCUCGCUGGCACAUGCAUGACUUCUUCCACUCCUUCCUGAUUGUAUUCAGAGUAUUAUGUGGGGAGUGGAUUGAGACUAUGUGGCAUUGCAUGGAGGUGGCGGGACAGGCAAUGUGCCUCAUAGUCUUCAUGAUGGUCAUGGUCAUUGGGAACUUGGUGGUGUUGAACUUGUUCCUGGCUUUGCUGCUGAGCUCGUUCAGUGCAGACAACCUCGCUGCCACUGAUGACGAUGGUGAGCCCAACAAUCUCCAGCUCGCUGUUGCCCGCAUCAAGACAGGCAUUGCCUGGUUCAAGGCCCACAUGCGCGUCUUUGUUGCUACCGUGCUCAAGAAGCCUGUUGAGGAUGAACAGAAGCCUCUGGAUGAUAUGUACGAGAAAAAGCUCAACUGCAUUGCAAACCACUCAGUGGACAUCAACCGGGAACUGGACUAUGCUAAAAAUGGCAACGGGACCACCAGCGGCAUUGGCAGCAGCGUUGGAAAGUACAUGAUUGAUGAAGACUACAUGUCCUUCAUCCAUAAUCCCAACCUGACUGUGUGUGUUCCGAUUGCUGUCGGAGAGUCGGAUUUUGAAAAUUUGAACACAGAGGACUUCAGCAGCGAGUCGGACGUGGAAAACAGCAAAGACCUGGAUGACACCAGUUCAUCUGAGGGCAGCACAAUAGACAUCAAGCCCGAUGUGGAGGAGGUGGCGGUCGUGGAGGUGGUGGAGGAAUACCUUGACCCAGAUGCCUGCUGGACAGACGAAUGUGUGGCAAAAUACAAGUGCUGCGAUGUCCCCAUUACUCACGGCUGGGGAAAGCACUGGUGGUUCCUGAGGAAGACCUGCUAUCUGAUAGUGGAGCAUAACUGGUUUGAAACGCUCAUCAUCUUCAUGAUCUUGCUGAGUAGUGGAGCCUUGGCCUUUGAGGACGUCUACAUUGAGCAGAGGAAGACAAUCCGCAUUAUUCUAGAAUACGCCGAUCGUGUUUUCACCUACAUUUUCAUCCUGGAGAUGUUGCUGAAGUGGGUGGCAUAUGGCUUCGUCAAGUACUUCACUAACGCCUGGUGCUGGUUGGACUUCUUCAUUGUGGAUGUGUCUAUAGUCAGCCUUAUAGCUAAUGCCUUGGGCUUCUCCGAUCUUGGCCCAAUUAAGUCACUCAGGACACUGAGGGCCUUGCGACCCCUCAGGGCCCUGUCACGUUUUGAAGGGAUGAGGGUGGUGGUGAACGCCUUGGUGGGGGCCAUCCCCUCCAUUAUGAAUGUCCUGCUGGUGUGUCUCAUCUUCUGGCUCAUCUUCAGCAUCAUGGGUGUGAAUCUGUUUGCUGGGAAGUACUACUACUGCUACAAUGACACAGAAGAGGCACCCUUUCAUCCCAGUCGGGUCAACAACAAAAGCGAGUGUUUUCAACUCAUUGAAGACAACAACACUGAAGUCAGAUGGAGAAAUGUCAAGAUCAACUUUGAUAAUGUGGGGGCAGGAUAUCUGGCACUGCUGCAAGUGGCCACAUUUAAAGGCUGGAUGGACAUAAUGUAUGCAGCCAUAGAUUCCAGAAAGGUGGGGGAUCAGCCGUUGUACGAGGACAACUUAUACAUGUACAUCUACUUUGUCAUCUUCAUUAUCUUUGGCUCGUUCUUCACCCUGAAUCUCUUCAUUGGUGUCAUCAUUGACAACUUCAAUCAGCAAAAGAAAAAGUUUGGAGGUCAGGAUAUAUUCAUGACCGAAGAACAAAAGAAAUACUACAAUGCCAUGAAGAAGCUUGGUUCCAAGAAACCACAAAAGCCAAUUCCCAGGCCACAGAACAAAAUCCAGGGCAUGGUGUUUGACUUUGUGACGCAGCAGGUGUUUGACAUCUCCAUAAUGAUCCUCAUCUGCCUCAACAUGGUCACCAUGAUGGUGGAAACGGACGAUCAGACAAAAGAAACAGAGGAUGUGCUCUACUGGGUUAACUUCAUCUUUAUUGUCGUCUUCACCGGCGAGUUUUUACUGAAGCUGUUUGCGCUGCGUCACUACUACUUCACCAAUGGCUGGAACAUCUUUGAUGUAGUCGUGGUCAUCCUCUCCAUCGUAGGAAUGUUCCUGGCGGACCUUAUCGAGAAGUACUUUGUGUCGCCAACUCUGUUCAGGGUGAUUCGACUGGCUCGUAUCGGACGAAUCCUGCGCCUCAUCAAGGGCGCCAAAGGCAUCAGAACUCUGCUCUUUGCCCUGAUGAUGUCACUCCCGGCCCUGUUCAACAUUGGGCUGCUGCUUUUCCUGGUCAUGUUUAUUUUCUCCAUCUUCGGCAUGUCCAACUUUGGCUAUGUGAAACACGGGGCCGGAAUCGAUGACAUGUACAAUUUUGAGACCUUCGGCAACAGCAUGAUCAUUUUGUUUAUGAUCACCACUUCAGCUGGCUGGGACGGCCUGCUGCUGCCCAUUCUCAACUACCCCCCGGACUGCAGCCCCACUUUGGAGAAUCCCGGCACUCCUUCCACAGGAGACUGUGGCAACCCCUCUGUGGGUAUCUUCUUCUUUGUUAUGUAUAUCAUUAUUUCUUUCCUCAUUGUGGUCAACAUGUAUAUCGCCAUCAUUCUGGAGAACUUCAGUGUGGCCACGGAGGAGAGUGCGGACCCACUCAGCGAGGAUGACUUUGAGACUUUCUACGAGAUUUGGGAAAAGUUUGACCCCACUGCCUCCCAGUUCAUCACCUAUGCCAAGCUUUCUGACUUUGCGGAUGCACUAGAACACCCACUGCGAGUCCCCAAGCCCAACACCAUUGAACUCAUUGCCAUGGACAUGCCGAUGGUGAGUGGGGACCGCAUCCACUGCCUGGACAUCCUGUUUGCCUUCACCAAGCGCGUGCUCGGGGACAGCGGCGAAUUGGACAUGUUGAGGCAGCAAAUGGAGGAGCGAUUUGUGGCGGCCAAUCCCUCCAAGGUCUCCUACGAGCCAAUCACGACCACCCUACGGCGCAAGCAGGAGGAUGUUUCUGCCAGAAUUAUUCAACGGGCGUACCGCUCCUACCUGGCGAGGCGGGGCUUUGUGUGCAAGCGCAAACCGGCGAGCAACAGAGUGGAGAACGGCGGGAACAAUCAGGAACAAGAAAAGGAGGCCACACCCUCUACCGCCUCCCUGCCGUCGUAUGACAGCGUCACCAAGCCAGACAAGGAGAAGGACGACGACAACGAGGGCAAAGGGGGAAGGAACGAGAAAGGAAGAAAUGAAAAAGACGUCAGGGAAUCCAAAUGUUAGAAGGGGUCGGGAUAAGUAAUAAUCACCGCUAUUAACAACACAAAUUAUAACUUAACUAGCAAAACGCGAGGGAAUUCACACCCACAUGGAUGUACAGAUUAUUUCAUUUGCAAGUCAGAAAAGAUCCCAUGAUUUAGUUUUUCGGCCUUAAGAGCGAAGUGGACGGCUUGAAGACUCCUCUCAUAGUCAGCUCAAUGUUCUGUGUGGUCUGCAGAGGAAAUGAGGAGCACCGCACAAACAGAGCAACAGGAACUCAUGGAUUCCUAUGGACGAUGGCAUGCGGGGGGACUAAGAGAUGAUGCUCUUAGAGUCGACACGGAACAAAACGACAUGGGAUGAGUGAAAGACAAAUAAGGGAGAGCAACAGAAGCGUUUUUUUUGUUUUGUUUUAUCAAAGCUAGAAUUUAUGAUGUGAGCAGCAAAAAUGCAAUAUCAAAAGAACACUAUUUAGCAUUUUGCCCACGCCACCAAACUCGCCACCAUUUCUAUCCAAGAGUUGAUUUGAUUUAAAAUCACCCGCUUUCACACCAAUUUGUUCAGGGUCUGUUUAUUAGGGGAUGAACUCAGGCCAAGGGCUUACUUACGUACAUUUACUCGGAAGGAUUUCCAAAACAAAUACAUAGGUAAUUGUGCUUGUUCAAUGCAUAGAAAUGAUUUGCAUGAUGGCAUGUUUUUUGACCAGAACUCUUGCAUGAACUUUUCAUAGUCCACAAGACACUAACACUUGCAGCGGAUGCGAUUACAAGGGUCGAUCAUCCCUCCGAGCGUAAAUAACUUGUCUCACCACACAUCCGCACUACAGUUGUUGCCUCUAUAAACAAAUGGAACAUGUUGGUAUAUUUGAAGAAAAAAGGGAAAAAAAAACACCACUGCAAGCGGCUUGCAGUUGUAAUCUGAAUAUUUAUUUGCUGCUCUAUAAAACGAUGGACGUGAUGUCAGAAUAUCAGAAGCUUAUACAGUAUUUAACGUUUCUAUGCACCAAAGUAAUGCUCCAUUUGCUUUUAGCUCUGAUUAUUUAUAAGCCGUUUUACAAGUAUGGCCUUUUGAUUGGUGAUGCUUUUCCUUUCUAAAAGGGCUGAGAUGAGUUUUGUUGCUCUAUUUUAAGCUGACGUGUGGUUGUCCGUGCGUGCGUGCUUGUGUGUUCAACCAUAUUUUUUAUAAGCCCCAUUUAAAAAGAUUGUAGGAUUGAUGAACGACAAAGGCGAGCGUUGGAGUGUGUGGACAAGCCAAAGAGACCUGCCUUGUGCUUCAUGGGUUUAUGACAAAGUGUCCAUUUUUUUGCUCUCGGAGACCCUAGAAUUGUAUGCAAUGCUUGGAAAAAAAAAGUCCCCCUUUUCUCAGGAGAUAUUAUACUCGUUGAGCUCUACUACACAAUGCAAUUCACACAGUGAAUGGGACAGGUGCAUUUAUGACAUCACACUUUCCCGGCUUUGUUUGUGUUUAAUGCUGGGCAAUGAUCUCAGCUUCCUGCGUAAUGAUGCUUAGAAUUAUAGGGCUAGAAGCAAUCACAGAUUCUUUUUGUGUGGUGAGUUCUGGGCUCUAUUCAUGUCAGUCAAACACACAGGAAACACUGUGAUGUUGAUUCCCACAUUUAUACUGUUUUACACCAAUAUUGUCAUGUGUUUUCAACUUUUCCACACCGUGCAUCCAAAAUACCAAAUAAGAAACUGGACUCAUCUUGCGGCCACUGUCACUUCCGGCCUAUGAACGGAUAACCUUCCCUGUGCAAUGGUCCACUUGCUGCAUGAGAGCUCAUAUGUCCAUGUGCGUGUUGACCAAAUAAAACCGUGAAUGAUAAAGCAGAAAAGUUACUGCAGUCCAUACUGUUGUGUAUUAACAAAAAUCUUCCAUCAUGUAAAAGCAGGGAAAAAAAGUUCUGAAGCUAAAAAUGAACAUUCUACAAACCAUUUGCAUUAAUGGCAUGUGUAUUUUUUUGUAAAUACUGGAUUAUGUCAAAAACUAUUAGUCUUACAAUAAAUAUAAAUAAGCAUAAAUAGAAUGGCUUCCAGCUUAUGCCCUGUCACACUUGCUUAGACGAGAUGUUUUUUUUCACUGAAAAAAUGGGGAAAUAUGGGAAAAAUGAUCUUGUAAUUCAAUACCUUACAACAGUGUCAAUAACGGAGCUGUCUACUUUUAGUACACGUGAUCAUGUGGCUUUCUUUGCGUGUAUGCACUGUCAAUAACCACAGUUCUGUACCCACCUGGCACCCCGAGGUGCAUUCAAAAGGUGCCAACGCAAAAUGCAUGGGAGCCUGCUUUGGUGAGAGGAUUGCACUAACCAGCAUACCAUUUUGUACUCCGCCUGUUUUGCCUUUCUUUGUGUACACACACACACACACACUGAUAGCAAGUACGAUUUGGUUUCAAGUACGACCCUCACUUCUCUUGUCAGUGUUUGCUUGUUUUGCCACUUCCACUACGAUAAAAUACAUUUUAGCGGUUUUGUUGUCUUAGCUGUCUGUGUGUUUGCUUCUGGGGCAAUAUCUCUAAACGGCACGUGCCUUUUUUUAGCUUCCUAUUUAGUCUCUCUCAAUGCAGUAGGCAACGUGGAGCUCCAAAAACCCAUCGGAGGGAAUCAAACCUGAGCACGAUCGUAGCAAUGUAUACUGGAAACUCACCACCUAGAUUAUUAGAUUGUCUGGACUAACAUUGUAAUGUAGAAUCAUAGAAGUGCCCCCCCACCCCACGCAGAACAGAUUCUGUUUUUGCUGUUAUUUCCAAAUGCUGGGCUAUCAUGCAGUGUUGUGGAGAACGGGGUUGUUGUCACACUCAUUCUAUCUCACUAUCAGAGGACACUCGCUCAAAUUGUGGGAUGGAAAUCUGUACCCAGUGACGGUUCUGGCCUGAAUGACGCCCCAGGCAGACAGUCGUGGUGUUCCUGUUAAUCACAUACAUUACCUCAAACAAUACAUACAUUACAUUAUAUGUACAUUACCUCGAAUUACUGAAGUAUCAAAGUAUGGAUAUUUUUAUUUAGAGAAUUGGAAUUUGUCAACUUGAGUUGUUGCAGGGUUUUUUUUUAUUUUAUGUUUGGGAGGGAUACAAAUUUCAAGUCAACUCCUUAAACUUCAAUCCAGUGUAGGAAUGAUAUUGAAAGAUGUUUCGAUGCUGAGAGUAGAAAGGUUGACAACCCACCCUGUUCUGCCCUAUGAGGCUGUUUUUGUUUCAGCAUUACUGAGAAAUGUUGUUUUCCUUUUGCUGGCUGGCUGGGGGGCUCCGUUUUAGACGAGGGAGGUCGCUAAAUUUUGAAUGUCAUUUCCUGGUUUGCCGCUAAUACAGUCACAGAGUGAGGAACGUGUUGCAAAACCACGAGACAAUUCCAUGAAUCAGUGAAAGAAUGUCUUCAUUUGAGCACGAAUCUAUUUCCAACAAUAAAGCAGCCUUCCAGUUAGACUUCUUG